AUGCACCGACUAGUGCAGCUAAAAACCCAAAAAUGGGUUAUCAGCGAGGGCCCGGUGGCUGAAUUUGCUAAAUUAGCUAUGAAGACGAUGUCGGCUAGUUAUCCGGAAGGGCGUUUUGAAACUCGCGAAAUAUGUCUGAGAUACCUUCUCCAUGCGAAUGCGAGCUACAGCAACACUUCUACACAAUUUAUCAGGAUACCUCUUUUAAUCAAAGGUGAGAUAAAAAAAGCAGAAGCUUUAGAAAUCCAGGCAGCAGAGAUAUUUAAGAGAGUGGCAGGAGUUGAGCACUCAGAUACACUCCAUAGUAUGAACGAUCUUGCAGUGAAAUAUUUAGAACAAGGUCGACAUAAAGAGGCGGAAGACCUGGGGGUGCAAGCACUAGAGAUACCCAAGAGGACGCUAGGGGAAGAACAUCUAGAUGUAAUCAUAAUGAUGAGCACCCUUGCAAGAAUAUAUCAUGACCAAAGUCGAUGGAAAGAGGCGGAAGAAUUACAGGUGCGAGUAGCAGAGACAUACAAGAGGGUGCUGGGCGAAGAACAUCCAGAUACGCUCACUGCUUUCAACAACCGUCUGGUAACAUUUCAAGAGCAAGGGCGAUGGAGCGAAGCAGAAGAUCUAGCGGUUGAGAUAUUGGAGAAAUGCAAGAAGAUGCUGGGACCAGAACACCCAGACACGCUUACCUGCAUGUCUAACCUGACAGCAAUAUACGGGGGGGCAACGCCGGUGGAAAGAAGCAGAAAAACUAGCAGUACAGGGCCUAUUAGAAAAGCAGAAGAUUUUGGGUCACAGCUCCUAGAAGUAGAGAGAAGGGUACUAGGGGACGACCAUAGACUUACACUACAAAGUUCUGGCAUCCUUAUAGAGGUAUACAAAGGCCAAAACCGGUGGAAAGAGGUGGCGUAUUUAGGUAUACGGUUACUGGAGGCACAGAAGAAGAAACUGGGCGAAGAGCACCCCGAUAUACUAGACAGCAUGAACAGUCUUGCGCUGGUAUACCAACGGCAGGGUCGCUGGAAAGAGGCAGAAGAUAUGGGGACGAUAUUGGUUGAGUUAAGCAAGAAGCUCUAUUAUUACGCCCACUGUUAUUCUACUGCUUCUACUGCUUCUACUGCUUCUACUGCUUCUACUGCUUCUACUGCUUCUACUGCUUCUACUGCUUCUACUGCUUCUACUGCUUCUACUGCCACAUUUCAGUCAUCGUAA